AUGCAACCCAUGAAGAUGCCACCUCGAACUCCUGCUCAAGUAGUCCAAGACCUCACCAAACUGCCUGCUUAUGGCGUUCCAUAUCAAGUUCCCACUGGGACAGUGGCGUUAUAUCAGGAUCCCAACUACACUGGUGCGAGGUCCGACCUUCGCCUCAAUGACUACACGCCCAACAAGCGUCAUGUAGUCCCAGAUGCCCAGUAUAACAAGACCAGUAACAUAUUAUGGAACUUACCAGUCGGUGUGCUAGUCACUUUAGUUCGUGGCUGGGCUCCAGGAGAGGAUGGGAAAAAGGUCGUCGACCUAAGCUAUGGCAACACAUGCCUUGGUCUCGUCGGUACCGGAACAACGGAAGGAUGUGAAUUAUGGACUAGUGGUAUCAAUAACGACCUAUCCUUUUUCCUUUGGAGAAAUGUCGAUCUAAGCAUUGGUGCCGUCGAACUCUUCGCCGAUGGCAACUUCACUGGAAGACUCCGCUGGAAGUCACUUGGAGAUCGGCAAACAGUCACACUGUAUGAUGCCGAAGACGGUAACGGCACUGCAUACAAUAACGUCAAGGGCUGGGGCGAUAUAAAAGAGGUCCCAUUUAUGUGGGAAGUCCGCUUCAACGAUUGCAUCAGCUCUUUCCGAUGGGACAGGGUUGUUCCCAAGAAAGAGAUUAUCGCCCCAUUCAACCUCAUGACGAGCACUGUAUCGCUUAACAAUUCGAAUUCACAAACUGUCACUGUGGAAACCUCAGAUCAACAUGUUGCAGGCAUCUCGUCGACAUUCUCUCAGACGUUCUCUGCAGGGGCUGAAGGUAUUGCAACAUCUUCAACUCAAUGGUCGGUAUCGGUCAAUUAUUCCUAUACGCGAACCAAUACUUCGACCAGGAGUCAAACUAAAACUGUCGAUUUGAAUAUCACUCAAACCGUCAACGCACCCCCAAAGACUAGAUACAAGGCUACUUUGCUGGUAACGAUAGGCCAGCUCCCCGCUACGGAGUAUGUAACAACAGCUCAACGCUGGUAUGAGCAGCCGGUUGCCAACUCACAGAUUGAUUACGCAAAUAACAGCUGGUAUAAGAGAACUGAGGAGGUCCGACUCACUCUUACUGGUAGCUUGGCAUGCAGAACUUUCGUGGACAUGCAGACCACGCCACUCUAA